ACCAGGCAACCCGUCGUCGUCGCAGACAGACAGACGAAGAAAUACCACGAACGCGGAGGUUCGUCACUUGAGCCAUCGAUCGACCAAGUCUUCGCCCGAAGGUUUUUCUUUUCUUCCGCACUAGAAUUUCGUUCGCCAAUUUGCGCGUGCGUACGUAGUUUAGUGGUCCGAUAAGCUUCAAAAUUGUCUGGCUAAGAAUGUGGAAACCGAUCGAGUUGGCGCUGCUUUCGCUGGGAGUAAUACUACUUUCUAAUCAAAUCACCCAAACCAAUGCCCUCCUGAAGCGAUGCUACCAGUGCAGAUCCCGGGGGGAGCUCGGAAGCUGCAAGGAUCCGUUUACGUACAAUGCGACCCAGGUGGAGAAUGAACACGGUGUGACGGCGGUUCCGUGCGCGUCCGGCUGGUGCGGAAAGGUCAUCGAGGGACAGGGAUCGUUCCGGGAAGAUGAUUACGACAUGGCCACCCAGCGGAUGUGCGUCCAGCGGGGUCCCUCGGACUCGGAGGACCGCUGCGCAAACACGAUCUACAACCACAAAAAGGUGUACAUGUGCUUCUGCCAGGGCGAUCUGUGCAACGGAGCAACGACGGCGCGACCGCUGACCAUAGCGAGUGCCCUGGCGGCGGCAGCAACGGGUCUGGCGGCGGCAGUUUUGAGAUUUCACUGAAUUGGGGAAAGAUUUUGGGAACUGAAAAAAAAGUGUGAAAAUAACGCCAAUGUUGGCCGUACUAGGGCGGGAUAGCACGUUUUGUAAAUUAUGAAAUUAUUUAUUUCGAAAGUGUAUCAUUUGUUGAUAAAGUAUUGAAAAGGUUGUAAGUUCGCUACACGAAGAAAUGUAAAGACUUUUGAAAAGAAAUAUACGAUUAUUUUCUUAUUUUGAAA